CACCGACACACAGAGCACUUGAGCGGAGUGAACCUGCGAGUCGAGCCGCUGCUGCUGCUGCUCAGCCCCCGGCAGCGACCGAGGCUGCUGCUCUGGAAGUACAGCGAGCUAAGCUAACUAGCCGACAGCAAAAAGCUAAUUAUUUUCUCAACGCUGGGCGGUGGAAUCGGACCGGAGCACUGUCACUGGCUGCGUUGUAAUUUAAAACAUGUCCAUAUUACCGUUCACGCCUCCGAUCGUGAAGCGGCUCCUGGGCUGGAAGAAAGGCGAGCAGAACGGCCAGGAGGAGAAAUGGUGCGAGAAGGCGGUGAAAAGUCUAGUGAAGAAGCUGAAGAAGACCGGGCAGCUGGAGGAGCUGGAGAAGACCAUCACCACUCAGAAUGUCAACACCAAGUGCAUCACCAUACCCAGAUCUUUAGAUGGGCGUCUCCAGGUCUCCCACAGAAAAGGUCUUCCCCACGUGAUCUACUGCCGCUUGUGGCGCUGGCCCGAUCUGCAGUCCCACCAUGAGCUGAGAGCCGUGGACCACUGUGAAUUUGCCUUCCACACCAAGAAGGACGAAGUGUGCGUCAACCCCUAUCACUACCAGAGGGUGGAGACGCCAAUUUUGCCUCCUGUCCUUGUCCCACGGCAUACAGACAUCCCCGCAGUGUUCCCACCACUGGAUGACUACAGUCCAUCUAUUCCUGAGAACACCAACUUCCCCGCUGGCAUUGAGCCCCGGAGUAACUAUAUUCCUGAAACUCCCCCCCCUGGGUAUCUGAGUGAGGAUGGAGAGACCAAUGAUCACCAGCUCAACCACAGCAUGGACACCAGUUCACCCAGCCUGUCGCCCAAUCCUGUGUCCCCCACAAACAGUAAUCUUGACUUACAACCCGUGACGUACUGUGAAUCUGCCUUCUGGUGUUCCAUCUCCUACUACGAGCUGAACCAGCGUGUAGGAGAAACCUUCCAUGCCUCCCAGCCCUCCCUCACAGUGGAUGGGUUCACAGACCCCUCCAACUCUGAGCGCUUCUGUCUGGGCCUGUUGUCCAACGUCAACCGCAACUCGGCAGUAGAGCUCACACGCAGACACAUAGGGCGGGGCGUGAGGCUGUACUACAUCGGGGGCGAGGUGUUUGCAGAGUGUCUCAGUGACAGUGCCAUCUUUGUCCAGAGCCCAAACUGCAACCAGCGCUACAGCUGGCAUCCGGCCACUGUCUGCAAAAUCCCUCCAGGCUGCAACCUGAAGAUCUUCAACAACCAGGAGUUUGCUGCGCUGCUCGCACAGUCCGUCAAUCAGGGCUUCGAGGCUGUCUACCAGCUCACAAGGAUGUGCACCAUUCGUAUGAGUUUUGUCAAGGGUUGGGGAGCGGAGUACAGGCGGCAGACGGUGACCAGCACCCCCUGUUGGAUAGAGCUGCAUCUCAACGGUCCUUUGCAGUGGCUGGACAAGGUCCUCACACAGAUGGGCUCUCCCAGCAUCCACUGCUCCAGUGUGUCAUAGGAGCGGCCCCCUGUCCCCCAACUCACUUAAAUACAAACCACAUGGGCAAACUCAAGUAUCCUUCAGUGACGAUAACGAAAGAGACGCCAUUCGUCAAGUAUCUCACCUCCUUUGUCUAGAACUUUUCACCGCACAUGUACAGCAUAGCACUUUCCCUAGAACCAUCUAGUGUUUCCAUUGAGUCAAGACAUCGUUUUGUUUUCACGUGUUCAACAGGGAACCAGGGUAUUUGCCGUAGGAUUCAAUAGAAUACCCUAAUUUUACUCAUUGUUCAUUCAGAAAUAAUGUCUGUGCUUGGUCAAAUAUUUAUACAGGGGAUAGAAAUGUCAUCAUCUACAUGUUUCAUUUUUGAUUCUAUGAAUUAGCUGAAAUUGUGAACAAGCUGCCAUCACUGGUGUCAGAACCACUCGUGUAAACACUGAAUCAGGAGGAUUAUUUAUCAAAAUGCUUUAACUUGAAAAAAGUUAUUCUGUUUAGUCACUAAAUACUAAACUAAAUAGAAUAUAUAGAAUUAAUAUUUUAAGUACAAGGUACUUUGCCCAUAUUGAUUUAUCUGUAUUAAUGAAAACUUAAUUAUUGGAAUGAUAAUUUAAUUGGUAUUUUAUCUAUUUUUAACUAAAUAUAGACAUUAGCACCAUUGUUUCUUGAUGAGAACCCUUGUAUGAAAACUAUUUUGCUCAGUGAAAGAGACAUUUUAUAAGUUAUUUUUGCAUAUUGUCCUGCAUGGGAAUAUAUUUUUAUUAUUGCCUCGAUAUAAUUGUACAUAGAUAUUUAUAGCUUGUGAUUUCUUGUGGUCAUGCGUUGCUUGAAACUGUGGACCUGACUGACCUCUGGCAUGAGUAGAUUCACAAACACAAGACUUUUGAAUGACCCAAAAACUUUCUAACACAUAGGAUUACUGUACCAGCUCAUACUGUUGUUUCAUAAUGACACAAAGUAAGAGUGCUCAUAGUGGACUGAAUGCAUUUAAGUGUGACUUCAGUGUGAACAGUAUUUAGUAGCAUGAACCGUGGCUGUGGUUCUUCCACGCUGGUUUUUUAACCAUCCGUUAGCCAGUAGUACACUAUGCUCCUUGUGGGUACAUGAUGCACUUCAAGUUUAAUGUGUUGAUCAGUGUAAAGCUUUAGUUCCAGUGGUAAUUUGACUUGUCCAGUAAAUACUGUAUAUUACAUGUACAUUGCUACAGUAUGAGGCAUGUCAUAUACUCGCUGUCAUUGUCUAUGAAGCCACCGAGUUAACCCUGCAUUUACUUACAGUGCAUAAGACUGAGACACCGUGUUAUCCAUUAAAAACAUGGUGCUAAACUGAAAUACUGUGUACUGCAAUGCAUUAGGUAGUUGCUAGAUCUGUAUCAGUACUUGUGUUCCUUGAUGUUUGCAGUUGGUUUUCUGUUCGAAGUCUUAUGUACAUGUUUAUUUCAUGUAGUCUAAUAUUUGUUGUCAAUUGACGAUUGUUUUGUUAUCUGUGAAAAUUUAAUAAAUUGCA